AUGAUUGCCCUCGCCAACCCAGACGCAGCCGCGGAAACUAUCGGCUAUUGGGCUUGCACUGGCGAUCCGGCGUGCAAGAUCUCCUACGGUGAAUCGGUUGAGCGGGGAACCAUGGCUGUAGUGAGGCAGGUCCACAAAAUGCAUGAGAGCUGCCCCGAGACCCAAUUCGUACUUGUCGGGUUCGGUCAGGGUGGUCAAAUCAUGGAUAAUGCGCUUUGUGGCGGUGGUGAUCCCAUGGUCGGCUUUACUAACAACACUGUUCAGAUCUCAGACAGUGCUGUCAAGAUGAUCAAGGCGGCCAUUUUCUUUGGUAAUCUCAGAGCACAGUACGGUCUUCCAUAUCAAGUCGGUUCCUGCCGUUCCGGCGGUAUCGACCCUCGUCCAGCUGGCUUCGUCUGCCCUCACGCCGAUAAGAUCCAAUCGUACUGCGACGCCUCGGACGCGUACUGCUGCACCGGUAAUAAUCUAACUGCCAUUCAGGGCUAUACAGACGCUCAUGGCCAGGAGGCUGUUAAGUUCGUCACCAGCAAGCUUAGCGCCAACAAUACCCGAUGCGCGACAAAGCGGUAG